UAAGGCAAGGAUGAAUGAAGCCCGGCCACGUUAUGUCAUCAACCGCCCUGCUUAUUCUAUCAAUGACUUUGAUGAAGAAUUUGAAAGGAAAAGUAGAAGUUACCCUCUUGGAGAGAAAAUAAAGAAUCUUUUCAGAUGUUCACCAUCCAGGCUCAAGCUCAUCAUGUACAGCUUGUUUCCCAUCCUCUUGUGGCUCCCGAAAUACAAAAUCAAAGAUUACAUAGUGCCUGAUGUUCUUGGUGGUAUCAGUGCUGGAACUAUUCAAGUGCCUCAAGGCAUGGCCUUUGCUCUGCUGGCCAAUCUGCCUCCCAUCAAUGGGCUCUACUCUUCGUUCUUCCCUCUGAUAACAUAUUUCUUGCUAGGUGGUAUUCCUCAGAUGGUCCCAGGUACUUUUGCAGUCAUCAGUAUUAUUGUGGGGAAUGUCUGCCAUGAACUGGCUCCUGAUUAUGAAUUCCAGUACUUUAACCACACAACCAAGGAAAUAAUGGUUAACCACACAGCCAUGGAAGCAGCCAGACUGGAGAUCUCUGCAACAUUGGCUUGUUUGACAGCCAUAAUACAGAUAUGCCUGGGAUUUGUGCAGUUUGGCUUUGUUGCCAUCUACCUUUCUGAAUCCUUCAUCAGGGGCUUCAUGACAGCAGCUGGCCUGCAGAUCCUCAUCUCAGUGCUCAAGUACAUCUUUGGUGUGACAAUUGCAUCCUACACAGGACCCUUGGCCAUUGUCUAUACAUUUAUUGAUAUUUGCAAAAGCCUGCCUAAGACCAACGUGGCCUCCCUGGUGUUUGCCUUGAUCAGCACUGUGCUCCUGAUUAUUGUGAAAGAGCUGAAUAUGAAAUACAUGAAAAAGAUUCGAGUCCCUAUCCCCAUGGAAAUCAUUAUAGUCAUAGUGGCUACUGCCGUAUCCGGAAGCUUUAAUAUGGCUGAGAAAUAUGACAUGCCAAUUGUCGGGCACAUUAACAUGGGCUUUCCUGCAGCCACACUUCCUCAAGUAGGCAAGUGGAAGGACAUGAUCGGCACAGCUUUCUCACUUGCCAUUGUGGGCUAUGUAAUCAACUUGGCCAUGGGCAGAACCCUUGGCACCAAGCAUGGCUAUGAUGUGGACCCCAACCAGGAAAUGCUGGCCCUGGGCUGCAGCAACUUCUUUGGAUCAUUUUUCAAAAUCCAUGUGAUCUGCUGUGCUCUUUCUGUGACCCUAGCUGUGGAUGGAGCUGGAGGAAAAUCUCAGGUGGCAAGCUUUUGUGUGGCAGUGGUCGUGAUGAUAACCAUGCUGUCUUUGGGGACCUAUCUGAGCCCUCUUCCUAAGGCUGUUUUGGGAGCCUUGAUAGCUGUGAAUCUGAAGAAUUCUUUGAAGCAACUGACUGAUCCUUACUACCUCUGGAAAAAAAGCAAGCUGGACUGUAUGGUCUGGGUGGUGAGCUUCCUCUCAGCCUUCUUCCUGGGCUUGCCCUUUGGACUUGCCGUGGGAGUGGGGUUUUCCAUCCUAGUAGUGGUUUUCCAUACCCAGUUUCGCAAUGGCUGUAUCCUUGGCCCAGUAGCUGCUUCUGAUAUAUACAAGAACCCCAAAGUCUACAAUAAGGUCCAUGAAAUAGAAGGGAUUAAAAUUGUCACUUACUGCUCCCCACUGUACUUUGCUAAUUCAGAGAUAUUCAGGGAGAAAGUAAUAGCCAAGACAGGUGUAGAUCCCAUAAAAGUUUUCUUGGCCAGGAAGAAGUAUGUGAAGAAUCAGGAAAAAGUUGCAAUGGCAGCGACAGUGGCAGUACAAAAAACAAGCAAGCUAAAAUCCGUCUUCAGGGAAAACAAGACCAUAUCACUGCAAGAGCUCCAGAAGGACUUUGAAAACACUUCUCCAACAGAUACCAACAACAACCAGACAGCCGCCAAUGGCACCAACAUUUCCUACGUAGCAUUCAAUCCUUCUGGGAACACUUCAAGGCAAGCCAAUACUUCUUCUGCACAGGGAAGCACGACUAGUCAUCGAAGCAGCACCUGCAGCAGUAUCCCAGCCUCUAAUGUUGAUCCAAUGACUACAGCACCCCCAUUUGUCAACUUCCACACCAUUAUCUUGGACAUGAGUGGAGUUUGCUUUGUAGAUCUGAUGGGUACAAAAGCUCUGGGAAAGCUGUGCACUAACUACCAGAGGAUUGGAAUUAAAGUUUUCCUGGCAAAUGUGCCUGCCCAAGUGUAUGAUGACAUUCGCACAGGUGGAGUCUUUGAAGAAGGUGGCCUCGAGCCCAGUCACGUCUUUGUGACAGUCCACGAUGCUGUUUUGUUUGCAACCAUGAAUGGCAACAGAGCUACACAUCGUCCUGUUUUGGGAGAGAGAGCAAGUCAGAUAGAAAUCUCUGUCUCUGAUGAGUCUCUGGAAGACAGCAGUGCUGAAUUCCAAAACUUGGAAGAGGAAAUGUUUGGAGGUAUUUUUCAUUCAGAGACCCAGACAGCACUGUGAGUUCUCCAGGAAUGCU